CAUUUUUGUAAAAGACACCCCCGCAAAUAUCCCACUAACCCCCAUCGCAUCCCACCUGUUAUCACCACCAAUUUCGGCAGUAUCCCACUUCGGUCGACGCAUCCCACCUAGCUGAUCCCACUGAUACAACAGCUAAAGACCACCACCAGAUUCUGAACAGUGCAGGCCUCACUUCCUUCAUUUGACAGUGCAACAUGUCGCAGGCAGAUCACUCGCGGGAUCCAUGUCCUUAUGUUAUUCUGAAUGAUUUUGGCGGUGCUUUCACCAUGGGUGCCAUCGGUGGUGCCAUCUGGCAUUCCAUUAAAGGUUGGAGAAAUAGUCCACCGGGUGAAAAACGAUUCUCAGCAAUUGCAGCUGCCAAGGCCCGUGCUCCUGUUUUAGGAGGUAACUUCGGUGUUUGGGGUGGUCUCUUCAGUACAUUUGACUGUGCUGUCAAGGGUGUUCGCCGUAAGGAAGAUCCUUGGAAUGCCAUCAUUGCUGGUUUCUUUACCGGUGGUGCUUUAGCCGUUCGUGGUGGUUGGAGAGCCACGAGAAAUGGUGCUAUUGGCUGUGCCUGUGUUCUGGCCGUAAUCGAGGGUGCCGGUAUCGCUUUGACUCGUGUCUUUGCCGAAAGCAACAGACCCAUUGCUCCAGCUCUUCCCGAAACCGCCGGUGGCAGCAGCGGUACCAGCGUUACUCCAGCUGCUAUCUAAAAUUUGACACAGAGUUGAUGAGUGGAAGGAAUGAAAAAAGCACGGAUGCUUCGGGAGGUGUCCGUACAUUGUUGCUAAAAAGGUGUAAUCCUCUUUCCCUGUCCAUAGAGUUAAUGAGCAGAUAAGGCGUGCGGCGCUUGACAAUCACUUCCCCCGUUGCUGGUUUAAGGACGUUCUGUGCUGUUACAUUGUUUUGUCCUGUGUCGUCGCACUGUCUUCAGGUUUCAUGACUGUUCUUUCUCAUUUUCAUAUAAUUGUUUUUCUUUUGAUUUCUACGACAAGCGUUGCUGACUGGUGUUCCAUGAAAGUGAAUGGUUUACGCUGCAGGUCGUUUUGUUUUUAUCACCAUUAAAUACCGAGUCCGUUCUUUAGUGUCUAAUAAACUCACAG